UUAGUUUAUUUUAGCUGGUUUAGAUCCAAAAAAACCCAUAUAAUACAAUAGAAAAAGAGUUUCAAAGUAAUGGAGUUGAUUCGCACCAUCAAUUACACUUGGAAACUUUGUGUAAUAGCAAGUUUAUUUGGUUGCUUGUUCAUCUUUCUUUUCCUAAAUGAAAAUUACCAAGAUCUAACGCUAUUCUUCGCAGGAAGCUCCGUCAUCGAAUUCACAAAACUUGAUGUAGCAAACACACCAAAAACAACCAUUGUUUCCGAGCCUCAAAAUCCAUAUUCAAUGCUAUAUACCUCUAAUCCACCAUUUAAUGCUACCUUGGUCAAAAAACCAAAGUCAACUCAAGAAAAAAAAUGCAACAUGUUUGAUGGUAGAUGGGUUUACAAGCCCGAUCAAAAGCCUUGCUAUGAUACAAAUACAUGUCCAUUUAUUGAAGAAAAGAUGAACUGCCAACAGAAUGGAAGGCCCGAUUUCGAGUAUGAGAAAUGGAGAUGGGAAGCUAAAGAUUGCGAAAUACCAUUGUUUAAUGGAAGAGAUAUGCUUGAAAGACUUAAUAACAAGAGGUUGAUUAUGGUAGGAGAUUCACUAAAUCGAAACAUGUGGGAGUCUCUCGCUUGCCUUUUGUAUACAUCUGUUCCUUCUUCGACCGUUGAAGUUGAUGCUAAUGGUUCAGAUUAUAAGGUGCUUAAGGCAAAGGAUUAUAAUGCUGUAAUCGAAUUUUAUUGGAGCCCGUUUUUAAUAGAAUUCGAUAAAAAUCACAAAAGUGGGAAAAAUGUUCUAGUUUUGGACAAGAUUUCACUCAAUUCACAUCAAUGGCAAGGAGCUGAUAUUAUGGUAUUCAAUUCAGGUCAUUGGUAUACUCACACAAGAAAAUUGAAAGCGUGGGAGUUAUUUCAAUACAAAGGAAAACUGUCGGAAACGAUGUCAAUAGACCUUGCUUAUGAUAGGGCCAUGAAAACAUGGGCAAAAUGGAUAGAAGAAUACGUAAUUCCAAAUAAAACAAAUGUAAUCUUUAGGAGCAUUUCAGGACAACACACUAGUGAGCCUUGGUGCUACAACUAUACCCAGCCAUUCAAGGAUGAUUCCUUUGAAAACGCUUUCCCGAAAUCAUUGAUCAAUAUUAUUGAGAGCUUGAUCGAAGGAAUGAGUAAAGUACAAGUGAAGUACUUGAACAUAACCAAGCUUACUGAUUAUAGAAUUGAUGCACAUUCUUCAGUGUAUUGGAGCAACUCGACAUGGAAGAUGGUUGCUGCCAAAUCUAAACAGUUUCUUUCGUCGUAUGCUGAUUGUAUUCAUUGGUGCCUUCCCGGAUUGCCGGAUACUUGGAAUGAAUUGUUAUAUGCAACUCUUUAUUUCAACAGUUGAGGAAAUAGGUCUAGUUAAUGUGAACAACAAUUUUUUGUAGUUUAUCAAUGAUUUUUGUUAACAAUGAACCAA